AUGAUGCCUCUAAGACCAUCGAGAAGCGCCCUGCGCGCUCUGCACUAUCAGCGGUGUAUUGCUUCUGCCAGAAGAUCGUUCACCUCUCUGCCAUCCUCGCCCCACCGCUUUUCUGCUCAAAAACGUGCCCAGAGUACUGCUGCAGCUCCUGCGAGUGAUGCGAGGCCUGUUCCCAGUCCUGCUUUUAACCAAGAACUCCAACGCAGUGGUGUAUCACCGCUUCAAAAUAGAGAGGUCCCCGAGUUGGAUGAUUCAUUCGUUGGACUCAGCGGUGGAGAAAUCUUCCAUGAGAUGAUGCUCCGUCUCGAUGUCAAGCAUGUCUUCGGAUAUCCUGGAGGCGCCAUUCUUCCCGUUUUCGAUGCGAUCUACAACUCCAAACACUUCGACUUUGUUCUACCUCGACAUGAACAAGGUGCUGGACAUAUGGCCGAAGGGUACGCCCGGGCUUCAGGAAAACCUGGUGUGGUUCUAGUCACUUCUGGACCUGGCGCCACCAAUGUCAUCACCCCUAUGCAGGACGCCCUGUCGGACGGCACUCCUAUGGUGGUCUUCUGCGGUCAGGUCCCCACCAGUCUGAUUGGGACCGAUUCGUUCCAAGAAGCCGAUGUCAUUGGCAUCUCCAGAGCCUGCACCAAAUGGAACGUUAUGGUGAAAUCCGUGGCUGAACUUCCCCGCCGCAUUCAGGAAGCGUUCGAGAUCGCUACCAGUGGUCGCCCCGGCCCCGUCCUGGUUGACCUUCCGAAGGAUAUUACUGCCGGUAUCCUUCGGAAACCUAUCCCGAUGAGUAGCACCCUCCCCUCCCUUCCAAGCGCGGCGGGUGUUGCGGCUCGGGAGCUGGGCAUGAAGCAGCUCGAGAACACAAUCAGCCGCGUCGCGCGUCUCAUUAACAUUGCCAAGAAACCUGUCCUGUAUGUUGGACAGGGUCUUCUCGCUCGUCCCGAUGGCCCGGAGGUUCUGAAGGAAUUUGCUGAUAAGGCCUGUAUUCCCGUGACCACCACACUGCAGGGUCUGGGAGGGUUCGAUGAGCUGGACCCGAAGGCUCUGCACAUGUUGGGAAUGCACGGCUCUGCCUACGCCAACAUGGCUAUGCAGGAAGCCGAUCUGAUCGUCGCUAUCGGUGCCCGUUUUGACGAUCGCGUCACCGGCAACAUCUCCAAGUUUGCCCCUCAAGCCAAGCAGGCCGCCGCGGAGAACCGUGGUGGCAUUGUUCACUUCGAGAUCAUGCCCAAGAACAUCAACAAGGUUGUUGAGGCCAACGAGGCCGUCGAGGGAGACUGUGCGGAGAAUAUCCGCCGCCUCAUUCCCCACGUUAAAGCCGUGUCGGAGCGCCCAGAAUGGUUUGCCCAAAUCAAUGACUGGAAAGCUCGAUUCCCUUUUUCUCUAUAUGAGAAGCAGUCCGACGACGGCCCAAUCAAGCCUCAAACUUUGAUUGAAAAGCUCAGUGACCUCACGGCACACAUGAAGGAUCGCACCGUUAUCACUACGGGUGUGGGUCAACACCAGAUGUGGGCGGCUCAGCAUUUCCGCUGGCGCCAUCCCCGCACCAUGAUCACGUCUGGUGGUCUUGGUACCAUGGGCUAUGGCCUCCCCGCUGCCAUUGGAGCCAAAGUUGCUCGCCCCGAUGCCCUUGUCAUUGACAUUGACGGAGAUGCCUCGUUCAACAUGACCCUGACCGAGCUCUCCACUGCCGCCCAGUUUAACAUUGAUGUCAAGGUCCUCUUGUUGAAUAAUGAGGAGCAGGGUAUGGUGACCCAAUGGCAAAACCUGUUCUACGAGGACCGUUAUUCGCAUACCCAUCAGAAAAACCCGGAAUUUGUCCCUCUUGCCCAGUCCAUGGGCGUGGCCGCUGAGAGGUGCACUAGUCCCUCGGAAAUGGAAACCAAGCUGAAGUGGUUGAUUGAGAGCGAAGGUCCUGCUCUUCUCGAAGUUUUUACUGAUCGCAAGGUGCCGGUGCUGCCAAUGGUCCCGGCAGGUAGCGCCCUGCACGAGUUUCUCGUGUACGAUGAAGGAGAGGAAGGCCUUGAUGAGGAAACGCAAUGUAAAAUUUUAAUCAACCUCACCACGACGAAAUUCCAUGCCGAUGAUUUGCAGUUCCAAUAA